AUGCUCCUGAGUGGGGUCUUCCAACCCGAUCUUCUUAAACCCGAUGAGCUAUCGCUCGUGCUCGACCGAGAAAAUCUGCAGUUUAUACAUUAUCGUUCAGCCUUCAACCUCCCCCUCCAUCUGGAGAUCGGGGGGAGCUUAAAAAACGAGCUGGACUCUGGUUCCGAUCCUCUUGCGCAAACCUUCAUCUUUCCCGGUUGGAUUCCGGCGAGGGCUUCUUUCCUGGUGGUUCACGUCGCUCACAUACAAUACCUACCACGACUACCACCUGACCCUCCGCCUCUCCUGAACACUCAUUCACAAAAGCCUUCCCCCUAUCCGACAUUUUCACGGGAUGAUCGGACGACACCAUCGCCUCCGUCCACGCUGGCUGGUCACUACCCAUCCUCAAGCAGGACUUGGUGCGAAUGGCAUUGGCAUCAAUUUUGGUUGGCAGAUGAACGGACGCGGGUGAAGAUGCGCGAGCUUGCCUUGAGCGCCUUAGACGAGGGAGCACAAGGAAAGGCAGAGUCCAGUGAGCGUGGUCCGGUGGGAGCUACUUUCCAACACGAGAUCUAUGGGAUUUUCCCGAGACUGUACUCCGGCGAGGAUGAGAAUAAUACCUGUAAUAAGCAACGGAUGAAUCUUGUUGUUCAACAGAGAAAGGAACCUACACCAGACUCUCCCACGGGAUCGACAUCGACUCGGGGACGCAGACAUGGGGAUAUGGCCGAUAAAGCCCCUCUUGGUCAGCUCCGCAAAAUUGGCGUCGACUCAGGCCGAGCACCUGAGGCAGAAGCUCGACAUUAUGCGAUUGCUGAAGCAGGGAAUAGCGGCAAAGGGCCUGCAGGCUCUCUACUACGGAUGUUGUGCGGAAGGUUAAUGCGCUGA